AGUGCCCUCCAUGCUUACAUUUCAAUUACUAAAAACAGCUGAUUGUUUGUAAACAUUCAAUAACGACGUUUAAAUUUUUAAAUGCUUUGUUCUUAUUGUCAACAAUAUUUUGAUUCUUGCUAAUAAUAAUUAAUGGUGCCAUUGUUCAAAUAUUUGGAAACUUAUCUCAGCUGUCAUUCAAUUAUUUAUUCAUAAUAAUAAUUAACGUUAUAAAAAAAUAUGUUAAUUUUUUAAUUUCACUAAAAAAAUGUAAAAUAAUAAUUUUAAAAAAAUGAAAUCAUUAUUAGUAUUUAUUCCAAACAAUUUUCCAUUUGAAACAAGUGGUUACAUUAAUGGAAAAGUACUGUACGAUAAUGAAAGUGACAGUAAAAAAUUUUAUGUCAUAAACAUAAACACAAAUGAUUCGCAAGAAUCAAACUCUGAAUUAAUCGGAUAUUAUUCUGGAACGCAAAAUACUGCGGGAUGUAGAAAAAAAAUAAACGAUUGGAUUGAAAUAACUUUCAAGUCAGACAAUUCAGUUCAGACGAAAGAUAAUUCAUAUUACAGCGUUAAAAAUGUGAUAGUAGAUACUAAGACGAUUGAAAAAUCUAAUUAUCACACGGUGAUAAUUAUUUAUGACCAAAAAGCUUUGAUUAAGUCGGAAUUAUUCAGAACGCAGAAUUUAUCUGGUAAUCAUUUUUUGGAGUUGAAAGACAUACUGGAGAAAAAAAUAAUCGAGGAUAAAAUAAAAAAGAAAAAUUACUUUGAAAAUUGUAAAGAAACAUUGCUGAUGUACAUGAUUAUUAUUUUUAUGUAUCCGGUUUUAUUUUUAUCCAAAGUAACGAGUAAAUUGUUGCCAAUUUUUAAAUACUCAACACUGGGAUUACAUCUCAGUGGAUGGCUGGAAAAUAUUAAGUGGAUUUUAUUGACGAUAAUUCAAGAUAAAAAGUUUACUUUGAAGACAUUGAAUCCAAUUGUAGCGAUAACUUUAGAUAUUUUAUUAGGAGUAUUUUUAAUUAGAUUUUUAAUGCAAACUAUUGAUGAAAGACCUUCGCAUAUUUUACUCGAUAAUGCAGAGAAAGUCGUUGACACUUUGAAGAAUUUAGUGAACUGGUUAAUGGGAGCUCCAGCUGGUCUAAAAUUAAAUUAUUCAUUCAAUAAAAUGCUUGGAAAAUUUUUUCUUUAUCACAUACAUUUUUGGUGGACAUUUUUAGUGUCAAUAAAACCGGUCAUGGACUUUUUCUUUGAUGUUCUCAUGCUAUUUGGAAGACUUGGCAUCACUUUUCAAAUAGCGAUUGCUGCUGAUAUUUUAGCACUCGUUAGUUUUCAUGCUUAUUGUAUUUACGUUUAUGCUGCGAGGCUCUUUAAUUUACAAAUGCGAGGACUGACAGCUUUGUUUCGACUAUUUCUUGGCAAGAAAAAAAAUCCAUUGAGAGAAAGAGUUGACUCGUGUCAAUACCAAGCGGAUCAGCUAUUUGUCGGUACCCUACUUUUUACUAUUCUAUUAUUUCUCAUGCCAACAACUUGGGUCUACUACACAGUAUUCACAACAUUACGUGUAAUCAUAAUUGGAUUUGGUGGAUUUCUAACAAAGCUACGAUUUUAUUUUCAAGUACUUCCUGUUUACACAUUUUUAUGCUGGUUAUUUAAUUCGCGAUGUGUUCACAGUUCAGUUAAAAUAUCAUUGAAAUCAAUACAUCAAGACAGAUCGUCAACAUUGAUGAUGACAACCGUACGUUCAUCCUGGUCAGAAACUUGGGUUCAUUGUAUUCCUGACACAAUAAAUCAUAAUCCACCAAUCGAAUGGAAGAUGAUUGUUAAAAAUAUUUUCUGGGGAGAAUUGCUAUAUCCCUUAUAA